AUGACAGUCCCAAUGAGCCGCCCAGAAACUCUUGGAGAGCCAACUCUGCUACGCUUCCUACAAGACUCCCCCGCCCGAGCCCUACACUUUGGAUCGGCCGAGCGCAGGCGCAGCUCCCUGGUGGUGAGCCUGCCGGGCCUCAAGGUGUUCCCUGGAGACCUGCUGGUGUCAGACAGUGCCAUGGACUACCUGCCCUGCUCAUCCUUCCUGCUCACUGCAGAGUCCAAAAAAUCAAGGUGGCCAUUUGCCAAAAGAGGAGUCGGUAAAGACAAACAGAAGCAAGCAUCUGAUCUGGAAAGUUGUCUUUCUGCUGUUAAGAUCACAGACCACUGCACAGAUGAAUUUUUCUGUUUUAAGAGUAAAUCUUGGCACGAAUUUAUAAAUGAGCAACAGACUGAGCAGAAAGAUGUCAAGAGCCAGUUAGAAGUGAAAAAAGAAGCAGCAGUGUGGGAACUUUUCACAAGUGAAUGCACUUACUUUCUGGAUCAUUUGCUGGUUCUCAAGAUGAUAUUUAUGAACACUCUAAAAUACCUCCAGAGCAAUGAAUUUCUCUUGGAUGUGGAUUUGUGGAGACUUUUUGCAAACUUAGAGGAGUUAAACAAGAUAAGUCUCAGUUUUCUGAAGACAUUUUUUGAAACUGUGAAGAAGCACAUCAGCAAGUCAGACUCUCCUACGAAUUUCAACCCCAUACUCAGAACGUUUUUCCAGGGUGACCUCUGCCAGACACACCAGAUUUAUUGCCUUAAUUAUACCUCUGCUGUCUUCUACUUGGAAAAACUGAGACAGAGAGAAGAUUUUGGCAUCUACCUGAAGUGGUGUGAACAAAAUGAACAGUGCAAGAGGUUGCAUCUGCCAGAGCUGCUGGUUGCUCCUCUGCAUCGACUGACACGGUAUCCCCUCCUCCUCAACAACAUCUGGAAGAGGAGCACUGAUGAAACAGAGAAAAGUUUUAUCCAGUCACUUAAAGAGAAGGUGGAAAAGUCUAUAAGGGAUCUGGAAGGAAAAGUCAAGUGGUUGGAUAACUUUCAGAAGUUCAGGCAGCUGCAAGAGGUCAUAAUUUGGCCUCAGGUCUGGGAUCGUGACAAAAGGUUCUUUGUCCCAGAGUGUUUGAAGCAAAACUUAAGAGAAAACAGCAGUGAAAAUAUCUUGUCUUCAGCAAACAGACUUCUCCUUCAUGAAGGGAAGCUGAUGCUAGCAGAAAGCACAAGACUCCUUGAUGUCUACCUCUUUUUAUUUGAUGAUUUCCUCCUAAUUACCAAAAUUAAACGUAACAAAAAGAAAUAUGGAGGCUCAGACACCAGCUUAAUCCCCGUCUGUCCUUCCCUCACUCCUAAGCUGCAGUCCUUCAUAAGAGAGGGGGGAUUUUGCACAGUCCUAGACCAGCCCAUCCCACUAGACAGACUCAUACUGAAAAAUGUUGAACCCGUCCAAGUUACAGUCUUCAGCCUGCGAAAUGCUUUUCUAAUUCAGCAUGAGAACAGGUAUCAGCAGUGCAUAGCACUCUUCUUGCUACAAGCUCAGACAGAGACUGCCAAGAAAGCAUGGAUGUCACAGAUAGAAACAGCAAUCUCCAAUUACACCACACAACAUGAAACCAAGAAAACCACUGCUUUCUGCUUCCCUGUUGAAUCCUCUGAAACUUAA